AUGGUCAAGCAACGACCAUAUUUAUGUACCGCCAUUGCUAUCACGGGACUUAGAGACAUUGCAUUCAAUAAGGCAAUGGAAAAGCUAGAAGAAGUUUUUCUCUGUUUUGCAAACAAUUUUCCCGCGGACAGCGUCAGCGGCUAUGACCCAGUUCUUCACAAAGACACGGGUUUCAACAUUUUCCAUGCGCAUAGCCAAUAUUUCACAAAGGUAUCCGCAUAUCAAGAUGAAUCUGACAACAUAGGUUUUCAUCCCCUGGUCGAUCCUGAUAACGUGUUGGCAUCCAUGGCAGGGGACGGUUUCAUCCACGCAAUCGAUAACAAGGUACAGUUUCUUUGUCGGGAGAUACUUCCUGACAGAACAGCCAGAUAUUAUCCUUAUAAUCCUGCCUCCAUACGAAUUGGAGACAUUGUCGAGAUCAGUGUUGCCUUUGUUGCAUUUCCUGCCCAAGGAAACAAGUACAAAUUCGUUGUCGCUCUUCGCGGAAUACUUGUCUUGGACCAGGAGGCAAGAGAGGACAAAGAGGCAGCUAUACAAAGGUCAGAUUGA